AUUAUUUUACUGUCAUUGUCUUGUCAACGAGCCGUGGUCGUAGAUAGUCUGCCACAGUGCCAAUUUAUAUUUCCAGUAACAUUUAAUUUCCAAACUCACAAUGGCUUCCAGAUUGCAAGAAUAUAAAGAUACUUUGGAUCGCAGCCUCAACGACAAAAGCAAGCCAUGGACGAAAUAUUUCGAGAUAGCUGAACAGAAAACCGGCGUCAACCGAGUAUACAUUUUCGUCGGUUUGGUCGCGUUCACUGGUUUAUAUUUAGUGUUCGGGUUUGGAGCUGAAUUAAUAUGUAACUCAAUUGGUUUCGUUUACCCGGCGUACAUGUCGAUGAAGGCAUUGGAAUCGCCACAGAAGGACGACGAUACUAAAUGGCUGACGUACUGGGUGGUGUACGCGUGCUUCUCCGUGCUGGAGUACUUCUCAGACAUCAUCGUCGGCUGGUUCCCGCUCUAUUGGCUAAUAAAGUGCAUCUUCAUCAUAUGGUGCUAUCUGCCGACCGAGUUCAACGGUUCGCUGAUCAUUUACAACCGUAUCAUCCGCCCCUACUACCAGAAACACCACACCCGCAUCGAUGAUAUCGCCAACUCGGAUUUGGAGAAAAUUGUGAAGAUUGCCAACACAAAAAUUGAUAAAACUGUUAAAGCCUUCUCCAAAGCAAUGAAGGAGUUGUAAUACAGCCACACGCUUGGUAGCUGAUGCAGUUAGGAAGACUAACUAAACCUAUAUGUUUGUAAUAAAAUUUUGUGGGACGCGAAAGUACAAAGUUUAUAGCACCCGCUUAAAAUCACGAGCUUCACAGCACUUACUUGCCGAAAUGAAAUCAAUAUUAUUGAGUACACAACUUGUGUUACACGAACGUCAACGGGCAAAGCCGUCGACAGUCGCUUGUUAAUUGAUCAACAUCAAUUAAUCAUUUGUGAUCAACAUUCCUUGCAAUUUGCAUUUUGAUUGUAUGUUUCUUAACGAUGUUUAGUUAUUUGACAGCAAAUUGUGAAUGUACCGAGUGUUGAUUAUAAAUUGAGGGUGGAGAUACGAUUUUGAGCCAUUGAUAAAUAUAAAGCUGUUUCCUUUGUUACGUCUAAGACCAUUAAUGCAGUUGUCACGCAGGUAAAUUGACUACCCGUCAUAACAGGUGCCGACAAAAUUAUAAUGACUUAACUCCAAUUUCAAUGUAAAUUUUCUACUGACCCGGUAAAGGGCAUGCCGGUUUCAAUGUUAUUUUGUAAUGAAGACCUUGUAUUAUUAGUUAAGUUCAUAAUCGUGACAUGUUUUUAUAUUUCUUAGUUGUAAAAUUUUUAGUUGAAUCUAUCUUUUCCUGGCUUGUAUGGUCUUGUAGGGAUUGGUAUCCUUAGAAGCGUAAGUAAAGCCCUUGUAGUUUUCUUAGUUUCCCUAUAUUAAGAUCUCUUUUGUGGAACAAUGAAUUUCUUAUGUUUCCCUGUUUAUUACAGUUAUAGAUUUGCUCAAGGAAUGUUAGUAACCUGUCAUGUUUAAGUUUGUCUUGUUAAGGUUGAAUAGGUUGUUAGUUUGCAAGUGUUGCCAGUUUUUGAACUAGAUGUGUUGCCAUAAUAUAAAGGAAAUUACUGUUAUUCAAUUUCAGAAACAGAUGUUUGAAAUAUCUAGAUGUAUUUUUGUACAAUUUUUAAUAUGUAUAGGGGCAGUUUUGUCAUAACUUGUACAUUAAUCAGAUUCCAAUUAUUAAUCUUGUUUUUUUUUUUGUAUUUCAUGUAUGUUAAAAUCAGUUCAAAAUUGUUUGUUUAUUUUCUUUUAAAUCCCGCGAGUUUUUUCGUUUAUAUUUUCAAGUUUGACUCAACUGUCCAAAGCUAGCAAUUAUUCGCAGCUCUGCCUGCGUGGUACAUAAAUAAAUCUGCAAAAAGAAACCCCAAAGUUUUUAAUAGUGUAAUCAUGUUUUAAAGUUUUUCGUGUUUAUGCUUGUGAUGUAAAAAUCCAUGUUAUGUGCCUUCGACAUUUGGCUGCCAUCAUUAUAUUCACACAAGGAAUUGUUAUACUUGUCAUUUUUCACAAAAUAAAAAGGAAUUCAUUGUA